AUUUGCAAAAUUAAAAAACUUUCCUUAUUAAUUAGUUAAUAUUUUGUUUUUUUUUUUUUUAAGAUGAAAAUUAUAUAGAUACGUGCGUUGAAAAUGUUUUCUUCUUAGCUUCUAAGGGGAAGCUAAUUAAGUGAUGCUGCAGCAGGGUGGAAAGUUUUCGAACGCCAUUGACAAUUUUCUUUCCUUGCAUGGAAACUAAACCGUAGAAAUUCGACAAGAGGACUACCUGUCUCUGGCUCUUUAGCGGCGACUCAAGUUUGGAUUAUCGAUUCAGAUUCUCCUUCCCAGUUCAAUUUCAUGAACAGUGGCAGAAUCGAGAUCCACCAAUCCCUGGUUUCCGCAUAUUCGCUCUCCCAUUCCCGCCGGAAUCCGCGCUCUGGUGUCCUUCGGCUGGCCGUCCUAUCGAAACCUCGGUAAAGAUCCGGCCGCCGUUGUCGCCGCUUGAAGUUUCAGCAGAAGGUGAAGGCCCUCCCCAAUCUCCCAUAACAGAGAGAGAGAGAGAGAGAGAGAGAGAGAGAGAGAGAGAUAGAGAAAGAGCAAUGUCGGCGUCUCUCCACCGCCCUCCGAUUCCUUUUUCUUCUUCUGCUCCCUCCUCCGCUCCCUCGAAGUUCGCCCUGCGAAGCCCCUUUUUCGCAGCACGAAUCGCGCGAACGCAGAAAAGCAGAACUGCUUUUGCCUGUUAUGUGCCAAGUGCUUCUAGCAGCUAUGCUGCUCCAACGGGAGCGUCCUUUAGUGAGUUGAUUGAAUCCUUGAUAAAUCGAGUGGAUUUGUCGGAAUCCGAGGCCGAGGCAUCGCUCGAUUUCUUACUGAAUGAAGCUAGUGAGGUUUUGAUUAGUGCCUUUCUUGUUCUGUUGAGGGCCAAAGGAGAGACUUAUGAAGAGUUGGUGGGAUUGGCUAGGGCAAUGAUUAGGCACUGUAGGAAGGUGGAAGGAUUGGAUAAUGCGGUUGACAUUGUAGGGACAGGCGGUGAUGGAGCAAACACAGUGAACAUAUCAACUGGAGCCUCAAUACUUGCCGCAGCAUGUGGUGCAAAAGUUGCAAAGCAAGGGAACCGAUCAAGUUCGUCUGCAUGUGGAAGUGCUGACGUAUUGGAAGCACUGGGGGUUGUAAUUGAUUUGGAUCCUGAGGGGGUAAAAAGGUGUGUGAAUGAAGCUGGAAUUGGCUUCAUGAUGGCUCCAAAGUACCAUCCAGCGAUGAAGGUUGUCCGUCCUGUGAGGAAAACAUUAAAAGUCAAAACUGUAUUCAAUUUAUUGGGCCCUAUGUUGAAUCCAGCACGUGUUCCUUUCGGUGUUGUUGGCGUGUAUGCAGAGAACAUGGUCCUCAAAAUGGCUAAAGCACUGCAGCAAUUUGGAAUGAAAAGAGCAUUAGUUGUUCAUUCAGAAGGCUUAGAUGAAAUGAGUCCCCUUGGACCUGGGUUCGUCCUUGAUGUCACUCCGGAAAAGAUUGAGAAAUUUUUAUUUGAUCCAGUGGAGUUUGGUAUCCCUCGAUGUACUCUAGAGAGCUUGAAAGGUGGAGGCCCGGAGUACAAUGCAGAAGUACUAAAGCGUAUACUAUCCGGGGAGGAAGGACCCAUUGCAGAUGCACUUGUCCUAAAUGCAGCAGCAGCUCUCAUGGUCAGCGGCUGUGUAGACUCCCUGGCUGAAGGCGUUUCCUUGGCUCGCGAAACACAUCUAUCUGGCAAAGCUCUCAAGACGCUUGAUUCUUGGAUUGACAUCUCCAACAAACUUAAAGAAAAAGCCUCGACAAUCGCUUGAAUUUAUACUUGACCAUUGGCCAGCGUUGGAAUGUGGAAUGGCCCCUGUUGUAGAAUCAAGUUCUUUACAGAAAAUAGGCAAAUGUGGAAUAUGAUAGGUGAGCUGGUUCAGAGUUUGAGUCAAAUUUUGAGGCUUCUGGUAAUUAUUUUGUGCAAGUUCCCUUUAAUGAUGCAAUUGCACUCUUGGGUGCAUGAAGAUGUAAGGGUUGAAAUAAGAAUAAUGUAACUUUUGUUCCUUGUGGACAAUUUUUAUUUUGACUAGUUGUAUCAACUGUAAUGCUUGCAGAUUGAUCUAUAUUUUAAUCAGUGCACCGUAUUCAACAA